GUCUGUCUUAAAGAAAGAUAAAACCAUCUUUUGACUGUAGAACAGCAUCCUCCACAUACUGUUCUUUUUUUACAUAUUAGCAUAUUGAAAGGUCCUACUCUUGUUUUAUGGCGCCAUGAGAGGCCCACAAUGAACCUGCUUUGUGUUACAUGUCCCAUAGAYCCUGCUGUGGAAUAUCCCGUGGUUUUUUGCUCAGCCUAUCUUGCUUCCUAUGCUCAAUCCUUUUGGUUUUUCUUUCAGCUGCAUAGAAGUAAUACUUUUGAGAAGGUAUUUAAGGGGGGAGGUGUUUUUAUUAUGUUGGGAAAGGAAGAGUUCUGAAGACAAGGGAGAAGGAAUGCCUCCUUUGCUACYUGCCAAUAAUUCUGCUGCUGAAAGAAGUGCAAAAUUCCUGAAUGCUCCCUCCAUGGGUAAGAAGGGGGUAAAAGCAAUUUGUUAAAUGACCUUACUAUGACAAAAAAAGUCUGUAUCUAUUAAUAUAGACAUUAAUUUGCAGUGCAUAGAUACAUAAUGCUUUUUUUGCAAACAGUAGUAAAUUGUAUUAAUUCUAUAGACUGGGUUGUACUAAAUUUCUUUUUAAGGGACAUUUGCUAAUUCUGAGGACUUCUACAAGAAAAUGACUCGGCAAGGGUGAUGGGAAGUAUACUUUAUGUUAAAAUUUUACUUGUCAAAAUACAAAAGCAAAUCUGUUCAUUUAUGUUCAUACAUAGGGACGCAUUCUUUCAUCAUUAAAGAAAAACAAUACAAUUUAUUUCAUUCUGAAGCAAAAACAAUCUCUCUUUUUGAAGGACUUGAGUCCUUCAGAUGACACAGUGGGGAUAUGCUGUAGUUCUGCAGUGUACAUUCAUUUGUCACAGAUGAGUAGUUUCUUUACAGAGCCCACCUCUUGACUCUUUAAGACUGGCUUCUUUCCCACUAAGCAACAGGAACACUGGCUGCCCUAGAGACUGCCCUGUCACGCAGCCAGCCUCUUUAUUUUUAGCCAAAGAUUUGGUAAAAUUGCCAUGAGGGGUUUUGUGAUCUGAGGGCUGAAACAGUGAGUUAGAGGGGCAGCGUAUGCAGGUGACUCAGAACAGUCUUGUCACCAAUAGAUAGCACUGCAGCCUGAAAAAUCCAAAAUCCAGGACACAGCUCCCCUCUACUAUAUAGUUCAUCAACAAAUUGUACCAUACACUGUCUUACAAUUCAUUAUCUAUGCACUUAAAUUGCUAAACACUUAAUGACUUUAGCUAUGCACUAAGCAUGAAUGCCAGCACUUGUCAUUAGCAGUCCUGCACAUUCAGUUUGUGCUACAUAUCUUUAAAGAACAUGUUUAAAAAUUAUUUCCUAUAUAAUACUUCAGGUGUACUGCAUUGUUAGUGCUGUAAGGAACUGUGAGAUAUUCCUCUCAUUAGUCUUUUAUCAAGCUGCUUAUCAGUGACAUUCUGGUGGUUCAACUGCAUUAUUAUAACAGUCAGACUUCCUCCUCCCCAGAUCUGCGUAAUGUUCCUUUAGUCUUAAUUGAGGUCAUAUUUCUCAGAAGUUUAUUAUCUAAACAUAAUUUUAAGUAUCUUGCACACAAACCAUUUCAAUAGUCUCACGUGUUCCUGGAGCAAAGGCCAAGUUUUGCUUUUGAAUACUCAGAAGAGUCUUACACCCAGAUAAUCACCAAUAUCUCUAGUGGAAUUGGUGAAAAGUGAACCUUUCUGAAUCUGGACCUCUCUCCUGAUCCCAUAGGAUUACAGGACAUACAGGCAAGCUCAGAGUUUUUUUCUCAGAUCUCACUUCUGCAAACACUGUGAUUCUCAGAGAUGUGCUUUGGUACAAUUAUUUGAAAUUAUUUAAAACAAUACCACUUCCUUGGUUUAAGCUCUGCCUCCUGGCCAGAGAUUGUUGCAAGCAAUGUUUAGGUUAGAGGUGAGGUUUGUUUGCACUGAGAUUAUAAACGGUGAAUUGGGGUAGGAGAGACACAAACACAUCCUGUUGCACUAUGAAGAUGGUAAGCUCUGUGAAGAAGUCUGGCAUACCGCAGAAGGCAUUAACCUUCCAAAUUUAUUCACCUAACUGGACCCCUUAAGCACUCAAAUAAUUUUACAUGGUUGACUGACACAUUUUUGUGUGUUGUUUACAGCUACUACCACGUGUAAACCCCCUUGCUUUCCUAGACCCAUUUGGCGUGAAGGUUGAAAUCUGCUGGACAGUUUCUGUGYGCUAAAUCUGUCUAACUAAUAAAUUUAUCUAGUCGUAGGAGGAGAACAAAGGCUGAGCACAAGCACGCCACUCAGACUGACAAGCCCAAGGACAUUUAAAGACAUUUUAAAAGAACAGUACRUCACUGGAAAUGACAUGCUAUAUGCUUAAAUAUAAAUACAAAAUCAUCAACACAAUGUAGCAUUUCUAGCAGUAAUAAUCCAGCCACCCAAAUUAAAUACUAUCAGUUCAAAUGACAAAGAAAGCAAAAAUGAGACACAUUUGAAGAGUUUUAGUAGCUGCAAGAAUAAAAGUUGGGCUUCARUUUCUACUCUUAUCUAAAACACAUUGCCUGCAAGGACCUACAAGAGGGUAAGAACCCAAAAAAAACAAAAGGGAAAAAAACUCCAAACAAACCAAGAAAACCCUGACCAAAAAAAACCCAAAAAAACAAACAAACAAACAAAAAAAAAACCCAAAUCCCAAAGCUCACCAAAAUACAAUAAAAAGAGAGAAGAAAAAAGGGCUAAAAGGUUAAAGGGCUGAAAAGUGUCAUUAUUAGUGUUUGUGAAUGCAUAGUCAGCUUUUCUCUUCUCGGUUCCUGUAGCAGGCAAUUAACCAUCACAAAUUCAGUGUUACUAGCCGUUAUCUGCAGAAAAAAUAGAAAAUAAUAUUUUAAAUUACUUGGUAUUUAGAUAGUAGAUAAAAAUGGAUCACAUAUCUGGAUGUUCCCAAGUUUAUCUUUCUAAAAAAGGUCAUGAUGAACUCUUUGAAGGUCCCAAUGCUCAAAUWCAUCAGAAAAAGAGAAAAAGUAACCUUGUUUCCAGCUUUGCCUUUCAUAACCGUAGCCUGUUCUCCCUGUUUUCUGUUCAUGGCUAUGCAUGUUGGCCUAAAUCCUCUCCAUGGAUGCUGGAGACACUGAAUUCUACUGGCAACCAUACAGGAAAAAGCAUGGCCACACAGCAAUGUGGUCCAGGAUCCGGACACCUCACUGACAUCCAGUGUACAAACUACAAUGGUACAAUCUGUUUCUAGCCUUAUCCUCCGAGUGUGGAGUAACAGCCCUGUGUUAUUUGUGUGAAGCCUGAAGUUCUAGCAGGAGACAACGCCUUUCAGGAACCUUGCCGCGGGACUGAGCAGCCAUCGUACACCUGACCGAUCCCAGGCUCUCCCGGGCUUUGGCUCUGCGUUACCCGCGGACCACCGGGGAGAACCAGACCCGGCUCCCGCCCCGCGGGCUUUCUGUGACAAGAGAGCAGCAGUCUGCUAUACCUGUGAUCUACAAUGAAUGCCAAAUCUGCAAUCAGCAAAGAAAUUUUUGCUCCACAUGAUGAAAGGAUGCUGGGAGCUGUUCAAGUGAAAAGAAGAACAAAAAAAAAGAUUCCUUUUCUAGCUACUGGGGGUCAGGGUGAAUAUUUAACAUACAUUUGCCUGUCAGUGACAAACAAGAAACCAGCUCAAGCAUCAAUCACGAAGGUGAAGCAGUUUGAAGGCUCUACGUCUUUUGUCAGGAGAACGCAGUGGAUGCUCGAGCAGCUUCGCCAGGUCAAUGGUAUAGACCCUAAUCGGGAUUCCCCAGAAUUUGAUUUACUAUUUGAAAAUGCGUUUGACCAAUGGGUAGCAAGCACAGCCUCAGAAAAAUGCACAUUCUUUCAGAUUCUACAUCACACUUGUCAGCGAUACCUUACAGACAAGAAGCCAGAAUUUAUCAACUGCCAAUCUAAAAUUAUGGGAGGAAACAGCAUACUCCAUUCAGCAGCAGACAGUGUGACAAGUGCAGUACAGAAGGCAAGUCAGGCCUUGAAUGAGCGUGGUGAGAGGCUAGGUCGUGCAGAAGAAAAGACAGAGGAGCUGAAAAACAGUGCUCAGCAGUUUGCAGAAACUGCACAUAAGCUUGCCAUGAAGCACAAAUGCUGAGAUACUGCCCAAAGUUGAAAUCUUCUCAAGAGGMGCUGAAAAGGCUACAUUCAGCAACUUUUACAGGAGAUCCAGUCUUCUGUGUGCUUUUUCCUUCCUGUUCAGUGGAGAUGCAUUAUUUCAGUUUCUGUGCAGGAAAAAGUGUUGCAUUUCUACCUUUAUGACUUACUUUUGUUCCUCUUUUUUAAUAUGCUACACAGUCCUGCAGUACUUUCUACCUGUUUUUCAGUUGUUACAGGAGUGAAAGCAAACAUUGAAAAAGGACCAAAUGACAAGCUGAUCAGGAUUAAAAUAAUAAUACCCUUCCCUGGUUGUACAAAAAAAAAAAAAUGAACUGAUUGUGGAUGUGUGUGGAAAUAAAAUCCAAAGAAGGGGUAUAAUUUUCUUCAUUUAAUGUAGCAUCAGCAGAAUGUGAAUGUUAGAAUUAAACAUUGGGGUUGUAGGUGUAGUGGAGGACAAACUGCUUUGUCCUGGAAACAGAAAAAUUUGUUUCUUCUACCCAAUGUAGGAAGCGUUGCAUGUGCACCAGCAUUCAGAAGUUCRUAUCUGAAUUUUAUUCAUGUCGGCAUUUUACAUAUUCCUAUUUUCACUUUCAGACUGAUUAUUUGAAUAGUAUACUAAAACCUAAAGAAUGUAUGCUUGAGGUUUCAGAAUUGAGAGAAAAAUGUAAUUUUUACAUGUAUACGCACAUGUCUGUUCCUCWAACAUGAUGUACAAUUUAGCGAUCUGAUAUAAAAUAACAUUUCUUUUUACCUGUGAUUGUGUGGCUAAAGGCCCAUGACAAUGAGAAGCAAAGGCCUGGGAAAAAUGAGAGUGCACUAUUUUCAAGACAUCUGUUUUUCAUAAAUUCUACAGUAAAGAGUUUUUUGAAUCACUUCAGAAAUUUGUCUGAUUUUAAUGACUUUUGUGUUAGCAAGUUGUCUGAUUUUUAAUAUAGAGGCUUUCAAAAAGCAUGUCUUGGUACACUAGAAUCAACUUCUAGUUUGAGUCUCAGCUUUCAAUAUGUUAUCACUUGAAGGGUGACUCUAUUUCAUCUAUAUUCACUAUAUGCAAUAUAUGCACUGUAUUUCUCUUACAAAAAUAUAAGUAGGUUACCUUUUUCCUUCCUGUUUUUUUAAUGUUUUUAAGAAGGUCUAAUAUGCAUUGAGAAUGAAAAGGGAAAAAAAAAAGAGGAGAAAAAGAUGCUGUUUUUUUUUCUUUUUUAAACCAGUAAGCUAGAAGAGAAAUCCUUGCAGAAGGUACAGCCUUCAUCUUCUGAAAAYGCCUGCUCUUCAUUUUUGCCCUUGUCGUACCAGAGAAAAGCUGGCAUUAUAUGAAUGUACUGUAUUCAUUGUAGAAUAUGAUUUUUUGCAUUAUUAAUGACAAAACAGUCUAAAAUCCUUAGAGCAGUGCUUGUAAGAGAGAUAAAAGCUACGGUAGUAAUUGAGAAUAUUUUACUUACUGCAAACUGAAAUAACUGAAAAUCUCUUGGAAAUGCCCAUUUCGUAAGAAGAUGCUUGCCUUAGGACAGUAUUCUCAUUUGAACUAAGGACACUGUCUAGUUAGCUGGUUGUAUUCAGACUUUACAUCUCUUUUGUUUUGGGKUUUUUUUCUCUAAUUUAAACAGUUUUGUAUGAAGCUUUUUAUUUAAUUUCACACUAGGAGUUGAGAGAAUGGGUCAUUUGUGUAGUACCAUAUGAUCAUUUAGAUCUCUUUAGCACCAGCUCACUCCAACAGUUACCAAAUCUAGCACCUACAGCUAAAAUGGAAUUUGGCCACUUAUGUUAUCAAUCAGAACAGGUUCAUUAAUGGCAUAAGUUCUGAACACUUGGUUGAGCUGUGUAUAAGUAAUGCUUGCCCUGGAAAUGAAUGCURUUGAAUGACUAUGGGUAUUUCUGCAAGUAACCACAAAAACAGUGUCUGACUAGAAAUUGAACUUCUGCUAGAUACAAAAUGUUAAGCAAUUUUUUUUAAAGAUGGAUUACAAAUAGUCAGGGGGUACAUUUUUGAUCACAUAGCUAUCUUCUUGUCAUACUUUCCACUCUUAACUAUAUUUUGCUGCUAAUCUCUCAAGUCUUCCUCUUGAGAGAAAGAAGUAGAUUCUGAACUGUUGCCAUCUAGCUGGUCUUCUAAACUUGCAAAUAAUURGAUGAAAUAUCUAAAACCCAGGUCAGAUAAACCUGAAAAGAUUUAGUUGUCUAAAUGAAAUUUAAAAGGCAUAGAUUUUCAAGUGUUUACAUAAAUAUCAGCUGGACAGGACAAGAUCACAAUUGUUCUGCUAAGUUCCAGACCUCUUGUGAGUUGAACUGUACUAAAACAUUGCUUUAGUCCCACCUGAGUUUUUCAGCAUUUUGGGUUGGUUUUUUUUUUGUUUUUUUUUUUUUAAUAUUCUCUGGCUAAGUGUAUUGUUUUUUAUCAUAACUCAGGACUUUAAUCCAACCAUCAAAAGCCAUUUACUAUGGGAACUUAAAGUAACCUGGUCUUCUGAAUGAAGGAAAAGUGGCUUGUCUGUUUACUUUGUUCUUGCUGUUUGUAAAACUACAAGGUUUGGUAGUUUUUAGAAAAAAAAAUCAAGGUGUAUAAAUGUUUAUCCAAAGGUAAAUCUUAGAGCAUUGCAAUUUCCUUCUGGAACUUAGCUUGUAGUGUAUACAACCUAGCAUUAUUAGAUAGUCAUGUACAUAACAUAUACUAUGAUUCAGGUAAAUGUUUCAUAUGAAAGAAUGUAUUUGUAAAUUGUAACAAUAUUAAUAGUUUCUUUAUCUUUUUAAAGUUCUGAACAGAAUAAAAAUAAUGUAUUGUUAGACUUGACUGCUGUACUGCAAAUUCUGUCUUAAAAGGCUACUUUUGUGUCURGCAAAAGUUGUGCAUUAUGUGAAAUAUUAACAAAAAUGUGUGCUCUUAAAAUUGAUCUUAAAAGGUAGGUAGGUUUUGCUAUGAUUUGCCAGAAUUGUAAUACUUGCUGAUAUCUAUUGUAACCCAUUCCUUGGAAGUUCUCAAAGAUGUAGAAAUUAUUUUAUGCCAUUCUAGGGAGGAAAAAAAAGAAGUGGGAUCUGCUCUCUUGACUCACUACUGGAAACCCUGAUUUUUGUCAUUAAAUACUUCAACUGUGAUGAAAA